UCUCCCUCGCUGUAUGUGUGUGCGUCUUUCUCUGUACCGCUGCUGCUGCUCGGCUUUGGGCAACUUACCGCAAGUUUCGGACGGCAGGAGGUGAAUUUGUGGAUCUGUUAUAUUUUUGCGCUUAUGGAUUUCACAGGACGCAUCUUAGCGCGCAUAGGGCUGUAAUGUGAUCUCUUGAACAACAGAGCUUUUGCGCACAUCUUUCCAUUGCCCACGUGAGCACACAGAGGAGGCGCACUGCUCCACUUGAGAUGGAGAUGGUCGACGUUUGGUGGAACGUGAUGCUGGACACGGUGUCGGGUCGUUGAACAGCAUCGGGUGUUGGAUGAGCGCAGAACCGGCCUGAACAUCCGCUGCCAUCCGGUACUGCGAGUUUGAGCUUCAGGAUGACUGUGGUGGUGGUUGGAGAGAACAUGGACGAGACCUCCUCCACGAUGCAGGGGCAUCCGCAGGACUCGCAGUAUUCCCCCGAGUGCUGUGAGCGGGUGGUCAUUAACAUCUCAGGGCUGCGCUUCGAAACACAACUCAAGACUCUGGCCCAGUUCCCAGACACUCUGCUGGGCCACCCCAAGAAAAGGAUGCGCUACUUUGACCCUUUACGAAACGAGUACUUCUUUGACAGAAACCGUCCCAGUUUCGACGCCAUCCUGUACUACUAUCAGUCCGGGGGGAGGUUGAGAAGACCCGUCAACGUUCCCUUGGACAUGUUCUCGGAGGAGAUCAAAUUUUACGAGCUCGGAGAAGAGGCCAUGGAAAAAUUCAGAGAGGACGAGGGCUUCAUUCGCGAGGAGGAGCGUCCUCUGCCGGAUAAUGAAUUUCAGAGACAGGUUUGGCUGCUGUUCGAGCAUCCCGAGAGUUCUGGGCCUGCCAGAGGGAUUGCAAUAGUGUCCGUCAUGGUCAUCCUCAUUUCCAUUGUCAUAUUUUGUUUGGAGACUUUACCAGAGCUGAAAGAAGAUCCGCGGGGGCGGUUCCAAGUGGUGGGCAACAGCACGGUUUAUUACAAACCCAACUUCUUUACCGACCCUUUCUUUAUCGUAGAGACGCUCUGCAUCAUCUGGUUUUCUUUUGAGUUGAUUGUUCGCUUUUUCGCUUGCCCAAGUAAAGCAGCCUUCUUCAAGAACAUGAUGAACACGAUUGACGUGGUGUCCAUUAUUCCGUAUUUCAUAACGCUUGGAACAGAGAUGGCAGAAGACCCUGAGGAUGCAAGGGAGGUCAAGGGCAGUGGAGAUCAGGCAACGUCUUUGGCCAUUCUCAGGGUUAUCCGCCUGGUCAGGGUGUUUCGGAUAUUCAAGCUCUCCAGACACUCAAAAGGACUUCAGAUCUUGGGUCAGACUCUAAAGGCCAGCAUGCGAGAGCUCGGCCUCUUGAUCUUCUUUCUGUUCAUCGGCGUAAUCUUGUUUUCUAGCGCGGUGUACUUCGCUGAGGCCGAAGAGAAAGAUUCCUUCUUCACGAGUAUCCCGGAUGCUUUCUGGUGGGCAGUGGUUUCGAUGACCACCGUAGGGUAUGGGGACAUGUACCCUGUCACUAUAGGGGGAAAGAUAGUGGGCUCUCUGUGCGCCAUCGCAGGAGUGCUUACCAUCGCUCUGCCCGUGCCUGUGAUCGUGUCCAACUUUAACUAUUUCUACCACCGAGAAACUGAAGGUGAAGAACAGGCCCAGCUCCUCACUGUGAGCAAUCCGAACAUCGCGUCCGACUCCAACUCCAGUCGACGCAGCUCGUCUGGCGUCAGCAAGUCGGAAUACAUGGAAAUAGACGAGGAUCUCAAUAACAGCAUUGACAAUUUUAGAGAGGCCAACCUGCGAACGGGGAACUGCACGGUCUCCAAUCAGAACUGCGUCAACAUGGGAAAGCGUCUUACGGAUGUUUAGAUCCCCGACUUCAUUCUGGGAUAUAAAAGGACAAGCUGAACUGUACAUAAUGUAGUUUAUUAGUAUCAGAAUGCUUUAACUGGGCAUCUAAUAACGUGUUAUUUCAUUGCACAUUAUUCUUUUCUUAAGACACAUACAUUUAUGCAUUUGGCAGAUGCUUUUAUCCAAAGCGGCUCACGUUGAAUUCAAAGUAUAAUCUACAUUUUAUCAGUAUGCGCUCACCCAGAGAAUCGAGUCUAUGAUUUUGGCACUGCUAGUUUCACGUUUUGUCAGUUGAGCUACAGGAACACCAAAACAAGAUUUGCAUAGUCUAAUGUCUGCCUGUGGAUACCAAAUAUAAUUGUCAGGGGUAAUGAAGACAGAAUUUCACCAAUAGAAAUGAAGCAUAUGUUGGCAGCAUGAAAAGCGUUUUUACACUGUAUCCCAAAAGAGUCAGAGAUUGUCCAUUAAUUUAUUGUUUGUUUAUUUGUUUGUUUGCGUCGUUCACAAGCUAUUGUAAACCGUUAACAAAUUGAAUGUUCAAUCUCAGUUCAUUGAUUAUGCAGAUUAUGGCAUGUUUUAUGAAAUCUCGAGGUCUAUUCUAUAUGGUACUGCGUAUCUAAAACAUAUAACAUGGCAACUGAUUUCAAACACUGCCCAUUAAAAGCACAACUUUCUUAACGUAUUUCAAAACUUUACAUUAAAACCUUUCUCCAGGCAGUAUUAAUGUAUUGAUUUUAAAAUGUACAUAUUUAUAUUAAUUUACUCAUCAAUUGUUGCCCUCACGGGCUCUAUCUCUUUC